GCCACCGACAAGAAGAUGUAUAUCUUUAUGGCUGAGUGUCAGCCGAAGUCAGUGUUGGAUAAGUUCAAGAAGAGUGAGACCGUCGACGAGAAUGAGGCGAAGAAACCGAGUCACGUGAUCCAGGACAAGGAGAGCCGAGUGAAAGUGGUCGGUAUGAACCAGUGCUGCUUCUAUUGGGAUCCGGAUAUGGAGACAGUGGUCAGUAAGAAGAGGCUCUCGAAGCAGUUGUUCGACAAAAGCCCUCAUUUGCCGCCCGAAGCCUUCAAAGCGGAGACAUGGGAUCCGUCGGCGGCGGACGUGUGGGCCUUCGGGUGCCUCAUGUGUGAGCUGUUGGCCAAAGAGAGUCCGUUUAAGUUGAAAAACAAACAGACUUUCGAUGAACAGUGGAAAGCGUUCGCCGAAAGCAAGCAGUUCUCUGGUGAGGCGAAGCAACUGCUGGACCGCAUCCUCACCGAAGACCUCCAGAAUCGGCCCAACAUUUGGGAUGUACUCAAAGACCCCUAUUUCAAGAAUAUUCAGACAAUAUCUUCACCACAAACUUACCACAAGUGCCAUCAAACCAUCCAUAAGACAAUCACUCAAACGGAGGACUCUCUUCUUCCCCGAAACACAUCUUCAGCCCAAAGACUGUCUCGAAAGCAAUGGUUUAGAUGUGAUAAUAGCCGAUAACCCGACCUCUCA